CUCUUUUUCUGCCCCGGAAAGUUAUCUUCUCUGCUUCCGACUCAUGAAAAUGCAACUCUGACCGCUGUUCACCAGACGCGGGGGUUGAUAUCAGAUCCUCCUCCGCAUGAACCCCACGCUGAUUGGUCAUGUACCGAUAUACUGCAGUUCAAGAUGAUUGCAUCUGCUUGUUGGACCUUCUUUUAUGGUAGUAUGAGCCGAAGUUCAGCCGGCCAAGAGGGGUCUGAGAUUAUGGCGGGGUUGUGUGGAUUGAGUUAUGUCAUGUGAAUUGACCGAUUCUUUUUCAACGUCCAAUUCCUCUUCCUUUUUACAUCUCUGCAUUUAUCCUUGAUACUUGAACAGUUGAAGGCACAAUGGCGCCAAAUAACCACACAGCAGAGCAGACAAGACCUCUGCUGCCGAGCGAUACGGCUAGAGCCGACUAUGGUAUCGCGACAGACCGCCAGACGGACGAGACUCAGGAAGAGACAGAGCACCAGGCGGAGAAAUGGAAUGAGCCUCGUAUCAAUGCCUGGAGGGUUCUCGCAACCUUUUACAGUUUCAUAGUCGUGGGUGCCAAUGAUGGUUCGUAUGGUGCUUUAAUUCCUUAUCUCCAAAAAUACUACGAUGCCGACUACGCCGCUGUAUCUGUGGUCUUCCUCUCCUCCUUUAUCGGUUAUGCCACAGCGGCACUAUUUAACCACUCAAUCCACGUCCGAUUUGGCCAGCGCGGAGUCGCGAUCCUGGGAUGUGGUAUGCACAUCAUCGCCUACCUCGCAGUUACCCGCCAUCCCCCGUACCCCGUCUUGAUCGCCAUCUUCAUCCUGGCUGGUCUCGGAAAUGGCGUCAUUGAUGCCUCGUGGAAUGCCUGGAUCGGCGCAAUGGCUGACAGCAGCAUGUUGAUGGGUCUUUUGCACGCGUUUUAUGGAGUGGGUGCGGCGUUGGCGCCGUUGAUUGCGACUACGCUCUUCACUAAGAGCGGAUGGCAGUGGUACGAGUUUUACUAUAUCAUGGCGUUGGCAGCAGCUGUCGAGUUUGUAACCUCUGUCGCGGCAUUCUGGAACGCCAAAGGAACCGUGGAAACUGCCCAUACAGACGAUGAACAACCCCAGUCGCAGCAGCAAAAGAGUCCCACGGUCCAGGCUCUAGCGCUCCCAUCCACAUGGAUCAUCAGCGCCUACUUGUUCGUCUACGUCGGCAGCGAAGUCACAGUCGGAGGCUGGCUCAUCACCUUCCUCGUCGACCUCCGCCAGACAGCCCCAUUUGCCGCUGGAAUCGUCAACUUCGCCUACUGGGCCGGUAUAACCGGCGGACGUAUAGUCCUCGGCUUCCUAACCCCCUAUCUCAAGAAACAAAAGACCGCCGUAACGGUAUACAUAAUCGGCUGCAUCGCCGCACAACUCAUCUUCUACACAGUCGACAACUUCGUCGCGUCUGCCAUCGCAGUCACAUUCCUGGGUUUCUUUCUCGGUCCGCUCUUCCCAGAAGCUGUUAUCGCGCAGACCAAAAUCCUUCCGAAACAUCUGCACGUCGCUGCGGUGGGAUUCGCGUGUGCGUUGGGCAGUGCGGGAGGCUGCACGUUUCCGUUUAUCACGGGCGCUAUUGCAAAGUCGCAGGGUAUUGGGGUUCUGCAACCGAUGGUUCUGGUGAUGCUUUGUGUUUGUUUGGGGUUGUGGUUGUCGCUGCCAACGAAGCCGCCGGGUGCUAGGAGGGUGGUGAAUGAGCCUGCUGUAUAAUAUGGCCAACAAGGAUUCUUCAUGAAUGACAUUCGUGACUAGCGUUGAAAUGGAUUUAUUACCGAGUUGUUUAUGGACUUGGUAUUGCUUGGUAGACUUGCCGCCACACUGUAGCGCGGCUUCUGUUUCUGGUAGGAACGGUAGGGCGAGGUUAGACGGCAACCACGAAGUGUUGAAUCCCGCAUCCUGUCGAAUCUAAAAGCAGAUUGAUUGAAGUUUCUUGCCAUUUCGCAAGUUUCUGUUAUCACAUUUCGCGCAGCCACAAUCGAAGAUUUGCGACAUACGAUUCUCGUUUGUCCGUACCGUGUCCUCCGCAGCCCUACCGAGACCUCCAAUACCUUCUGUACUCGUUGCGCCCAUCGCGCCCGUCGUGCCGUUCGUGCAGCCAGAACUGAAAGCCUGCGACAUAAGACUCUCGAUCGUCCAUACCGACAGAGACCUCCU